AUAGCAGUGUCAAACGGAAAGGUAUAUGUGCACUUUAUUGUUUCUUUGCCUUUGACAGUACGAUUUGCCGGAACGCAUUUAGUGGAUUUGUGAUGAGUUCUUUUCUCUUAAGGUAGAAUUUAGGAUAAGACAAAUUGUUUUCCCGUGCAGUUCGUGUGAAUCUAUAUUAGAAGAUGGAGGAUGUACUGGAAGAAGUUGUUUCUUCUGACGAUUUAAAGAAAUUUGAACGUGUUUAUCAUGAACAAUUACGUGCAGCAUCUGUGACGCAGAAGGCACAAUUUGAAUAUGCAUGGUGCCUUGUUAGAAGUAAAUAUCCAGCUGAUAUUCAAAAAGGAAUAUUGUUAUUGGAAGACUUGUAUAGCAAUCAUAGUGACAGUGAAAAACGAGAUUGUCUUUAUUAUUUAGCUAUUGGGAAUGCUAGAAUAAAGGAAUACUCGAAAGCUUUAGCAUUCGUUAGAGCAUUCCUUAGAGUCGAACCUGGCAAUCAGCAAGUACAACAUUUGGAGACACUGAUUAAGAAAAAAAUGGAGAAAGAGGGUCUCUACGGCAUGGCCAUCGCAGGAGGGGUUAUUAUUGGCGUUGCAAGUAUCCUUGGUCUCGGGAUUGCAAUGACUAAAAAACAUUAAUUAACACAAGAAACAGAAUUUGUGACUAUUACGUGAUGUGAACUAGUUGCUUUGUACGAAAUAUUAUCCACAAUUUGUUAAUCGAGAUAACGAAGAUUUCAUAAAGAAACAAAAAAGUAGUAAUUUCUCGUGAAAGUUGAAUAAACCACGAUACAAUUCGUAAUAUAGAACGACAAAUUGUCAUUCUUUUUUUUUUU